AUGUCUGAAAGAUUCGCUCCCAAGGUCCCAGUCCAAUUGGACCCGCCAAAGGAUGAUCCCAUCUCCCCCGAGGAGCUGGCCAAAUGUGACGGCUCUGAUCCCAGCCGCCCAACCCUGGUCGCUAUCAAGGGCACUGUGUUCGACGUCUCCCGCAACCAGGCCUACGGUGCGACAGGUCAAUAUCGCGUCUUCGCUGGCAAAGAUGCGUCGAGGGCGCUGGCUCGCUCUUCGUUGAAGCCCGAGGAAUGUGUGCCCGAAUGGUACGAUUUGGAUGAGAAGGAGAAGACGACGCUGGAUGAGUGGUACACAUUCUUCAGCAAGCGGUAUAACAUCGUUGGCAAGGUUGAGGGUGCGAAGAAUACCUGA